GCGGCCAUGGACGCGCUCAAGUCUGCUGGGCGGGCGCUGAUCCGGAGCCCCAGCCUCGCCAAGCAGAGCUGGGGGGGCGGCGGCCGGCAUCGGAAGCUGCCGGAGAACUGGACAGACACUCGGGAGACACUGCUCGAGGGAAUGCUCUUCAGCCUCAAGUACCUGGGCAUGACGCUGGUGGAGCAGCCCAAGGGCGAGGAGCUGUCAGCUGCUGCUGUCAAGAGGAUUGUGGCCACGGCCAAGGCCAGCGGGAAGAAGCUGCAGAAAGUGACCCUCAAGGUGUCGCCACGGGGGAUUAUCCUCACCGACAACAUCACCAACCAGCUCAUCGAGAACGUGUCCAUUUACAGGAUCUCCUAUUGCACAGCAGACAAGAUGCACGACAAAGUGUUUGCCUACAUUGCACAGAGCCAGCACAACGAGAAUCUCGAGUGCCAUGCCUUCCUCUGCACCAAGCGGAAAGUGGCCCAGGCUGUCACCCUCACAGUCGCCCAGGCCUUCAAAGUCGCCUUUGAGUUUUGGCAGGUGUCCAAGGAAGAGAAGGAGAAGAGGGAGAAAGCCAGCCAAGAGGGCGGGGACGUCCUAGGCGGGGGCCUCCGAGACAGCACCCCGUCUUUGAAGAGCUUGGUUGCCACUGGGAACCUGCUGGACUUGGAAGAGACGGCCAAGGCCCCGCUGUCCACAGUCAGCGCUAAUACCACUAACGUGGACGAGGCACCGAGGCCUCAAGGCUUGAACAAUAGCAGUGUUGUUUGGGAGCUGGAUGAUGGCCUGGAUGAAGCAUUUUCGAGGCUGGCGCACUCUCGGACGAACCCUCAGGUCCUGGACACUGGGUUGAUAGCACAGGACAUCCGUUACGCCGAGUGCCACUCACCUGUCGACUGGGACAAGCCCGAUGGCCGCGGUGCAGAGCAGGAUGACCUCUUCAGCUUCUGAGGGCCCUGGUGCUGGCGGGACACGUGACAGACCAAAGCCACUUGUGACGGCGUGGGGCCGGCACCGGGACCCCUGGCCCUCUUCUGCUGGGUGGCAGCGUUGUCAGCCUGCGAGUCACAGCUGCCUCCAGUCAAGCAGGGGG